GAUGCAUGCGCUCCAGCUGUAUGUGCGGCGGAGAGACGAGGCAAAGGCAGCAGCAACCUCCUCCCUUCCCAAAACCACCACUGUUACCCCCACCGCCUCUCUCUCUGCAGCAGCCUCCGUCGUCGAGAUUCCCGAUGACGUGCUGCUGUCGGCCAGCAUGGAGUUGGAGGCUGCAUCUACCUCCCAGUCUGCAACCAGUGGAGGGCCCGUGCCAUCCCAGCGCUCCCAACCGACGGCUGAUCCGGGAAAGCAGCCUUCGCAAAUGCUGUCUGUAGCCAGGAGAGAGCUACUUUUACCCGAGGGCUGGAGGACUUCCCUACCCAAAGAACAGCAUGCGUGGGUAAGUCGGGCCCUUUUCACCAGGGGCAAGGAUGGAAAGCCUGUUCUGACGUCCAACCUUCGCCUUUGGUGGUAUCCUCCCGGCCCCCGCAACGUGCACCUCCAGCCCCCGACAUCGCCCGACACCUUUUUUCAGCGCCCGUUCUUCCUGUGGAUGCCGUACCGCAUGUGGGGCUACAAGCUGUCCUGCACGGUGUGCAGCCACAGGUUGUCGGGAGCCGGACUCUACAGGACCGUCCGGAGGGUCCUGGAGUCAGACGGAUGGUACUUUAUGGCCACGGAGUACCUGGAGUGCCGGCGCUGCAAGAAGAAGGUGGCGGGCUGGUCGCAGGAUGUCUUGGAUCAGCUGCACUGCACCCACCUGGAUGACUUUCCAGCUAUCCUGACUUACAGGUCAGACAAGGAGUCUCCGAUGGCUGGGUCAACUCUCCAUAGGUAGACAGGCACACACGGGCAGUCCUAACGUCUCUGUU